AAUGAGCAAAGCUGAAGAUGAUUAUGAUUAUUUAUUUAAAAUAGUACUAUCAGGUAAAGAUUUAUUAAAUAGAUAAAGGUGAUUCUGGUGUUGGAAAAUCCAAUCUACUACUACGAUUUACAAAAAACCAAUUUAAUCCAGACUCUAAAACUACAAUAGGAGUUGAAUUUGCUACACGAUCAAUUACAAUUUCUGGGAAGAUUAUCAAAGCAUAAAUUUGGGAUACAGCAGGACAAGUAAAGUGCAUAAAUUAGAGUUUAGGAACGCUACCGAGCAAUUACUUCUGCAUAUUAUAGAGGAGCAAUUGGGGCUGUACUAGUAUAUGAUAUAACAAACAAACAAAGUUUUGAAGCUGUUGAACGAUGGAUAUAGGAAGUAAGGGAGAAUGCAGAUAAAGAUAUUGUGAUAAUGAUUAUAGGAAACAAAUCAGAUUUGAAACAUUUAAGAGCAAUAAGAACAGAGUCAGGUCAAGAUUUGGCUCAGAUGUAGAAGGUAGCAUUUAUGGAAGCAAGUGCUUAAGAUGGUACUAAUGUAGACUAAGCCUUUACAUAAAUUAUACAAUGUUUUAAAUUCUAUAUAAAUUAGAAAUUUAUCAGAAUCUAACAAAACAGUUGUAAAAAUAUGAUUAGAUGUCACAUUUAUAAGGAGAGAAAUUAGAUUUAGAAAUUACAAACUCAGGUAAUAAAAAGUAAGGAUGUUGUUGAAAUAUAAUAUAUUUUUUUUUAGUUUUAAAUUUAUGAAUUCUUUGCUUUAAGUAUAUAUUCAUAUAGAUAUGGAUGCUUAUUAUGCAUAAGCAGAAUAAAAGUUGUUGAAUAUUCCAGAAGAUCAACCUGUUUGUGCUAGAUAAUGGAAUAGUUUAAUAGCAAUUAAUUAUCCCGCCAGAGAUGCAGGUAUAAAAAGGGGAAUGUUAAGUGAAGAGGCAAUGAAAUUAUGUCCUAAUGUUAUGUUGCCUCAUGUGGAAACAUUCAAAGUUAUUGAUGGCAAGAUGGUAUUCUCAACACUAAAAGAUAAAUACAUUUAACAUAAUCAAUAUGAAGAGAAAGUGAGUCUUCGAUAUUAUAGAUAAGAGAGCAAAUUGAUAUUUGCAACAAUUAAAAGAUUUUGCAAUUGUGUUGAAAAGGGAGGAACAGAUGAAGGAUAUAUUUAAAUUAGUGAGAAAGAAUUAGAAAACAUAGAGACAUAGCAAUUCUAUGGACAUUUAAUGAAAGAACUACCUGAUGAAUAUUAAUUAACAGAAUAAGAUUAUUUAUUAAUGAGAGCAUCUUUAUUAUGUUAGAAUAUUAGAGAUGCUAUUUAUUAAGAAACAAAAUAUAAAUGUAGUGCAGGAAUUUCAUUUAAUAAAAUGUUAGCUAAAUUAGCAUCAGCUACUAACAAACCCAAUAAAUAAACUAUCAUUUUGGAAUGUAUGCUACCUGAAUGUAUAUCUAAUAUAAGUAUUAAAAAAAUUAGAGGAUUUGGAGGUAAAGUAUAAGAAACACUUCUUGAAAGUGGAUUAAAAACAGUUGGAUAAGCUUAAUCUUUAUCAAUUUAUGAACUUUAAUCUUUAUUUGGAGAUAAAGCUUAAUAUAUUUAUGAUAAAUUAAGAGGAUAUGAUGAUGAACUAGUCAAAAAAGAAGUAGAUUUAAAAAAUAAAUCUAUUUUAUCAUUAAAAAAUAUAAAGAAGACUUCUUCAAGAGAAGUCAUUAUACAGUCUCUAGAACUUAUUAUACAUGAUAUUACUAUGAGAGUAACUGAUUAUUAUGAGGAUUCCAAUCUAGUACCAUCUGUUUUAGUUAUUCAUUAUCAUAAUGUUGAAAAAGGAUCACAUUAAAAAAGUGAACCUAUUUAUCUUACUUUACCUAUUGAAAGUUUUAGAUUAACCAUAGAAGAAAGAGUUCUUUCUAUUUUAAAUUAAAUUUAGGAUAAUGAAUUAUUUCCUUUAAUUCAUAUUGGAAUAAGUUGUAGAUACUUUAAACCUAUGAUUCAAGGUAUAUAGAAUCCUAUUACAAUGUUUUUUAAAAAGACUUUAGAAUAAUAAGAGUAUGAGAAAUAAGCAAAAUUAGCAGAAAUGUAAGAAAAAAUGAUAUCUCCUGAUGAUUAUUAUAGUUGUUAAAUUUGUGGACAAGAGAUAAUGAAAAAAGAUAAAGAAGCCCAUGAUGAUUUUCAUAUAGCUGAAAAUUUAGACAAAGAAAUGAAUCCAAAGAAAAGAAAAUAUAAGAGUUAAUAAUAAUAAUAAUAAUAAUAAUAAUAAUAAUAAAAUAAUAGUAAUUAAUAAAGUAAUGUAAAUUCAAAAUCAAAAAGUAAAUAAAAAGGUUUAACGUCAAUUUUAUAAUUCUUAAAAAAAUAAUGAU